AUGAAGAGGAAUGCUGUUAUUGAUAAUUCAUUCAUUGUUCCGAAUAAUCCUUAUUUGCUACUACAAUAUAGUUGUCAUAUUAAUGUGGAGCAUACCUGCCAAACUUCUGCAAUAAAGUAUCUUUUUAAAUAUGUUCAUAAGAGGAAUGAUAGAGUAACUGCUUCUUUUUAUCAGGUUUCUGAUGAGGGUAAUGAACAAGUAGUUGAUGAUAUUCAAAACUACUAUGAUUGUCGGCAUACAUUUGCAUGUGAGUCAACUUGGAGACUAUUUGGAUAUGACAUUCAAGUUAAGGAACCUUCAGUCAUCAGGUUACCAUUUCACCUACCUAAGGAGCACCCCAUUAUAUUUAGAGAUGAUGAAACCAUCAAGGAUAUGGUUGAAGGUGUUGUGUACGAUACUUUUCAGGAUGCAUAUUAUGCUUUGGAUCUUCUGCAAGAUGAUAAGGAAUUCAUUGACGCUAUUAUGGAAGCAAGCACUUGGGCAUCCGGUAACUAUGUUCGUAAUCUUUUUGUCAUUUUACUUAUCUUUAACAAUCUUUCCCGGCCUGAAGUGAUGGAGCAAAAGUUACAAGACAAUGGUAAAUCUCUCAGUGAAUUUUGCACCCUUCUGUAUCCUUCAUUGGAAACCAUAAAUGGUAUGGAUGAUUGUUUGAUAAUGGAUGAGUUAAAUUUUGAUACUGUCUUAUUACGCCAUAAACUAAACCAUGUUUCUUCAUUUAUGAUUAUGGUCUCACUCAACAUUAAUCAAAACUCUAUAUGCAACAUAAAACAAGGUUCUUAUCUUGCUAUGUUGGUUUCUAGAGCCAAGCUGAUUAUAUGGAAUGAGACUCCAAUGUUGAAUAAGUAUGACUAUGAAGCUCUUGAUAAGUCAUUGAAGGAUAUUCUUAGAUUUGAUUUGUCAUACAAGCCUGAUAUGCCUUUUGGAAAAAAGCUUAUUCAAAUUAGCGAUGGGUUAGCUAGUGAUAAUACAGAUGGUGAGUUAGAAGUUUUAAUCCCUAAUGAUUUGCUAAUUGAUGACACAGAGAAGCCUUUUGAUGAGUUGGUAUAUCUUAGUUUUGAUUCGUUGUGCGUUGAGGAGGGUAACAUGGAGGCUCAGUUAGACACUAUGCCACCCGAUAUAUUGAACGCUAUUAAUUGUUCGGGAUUACCACCCCACCAGUUAAUUCUAAAGGAAGGUGUCUCCGUUAUGUUGUUGAGGAAUAUUGACCAGUCAGAGGGUUUAUGUAACAAAAUUAGAUUACAGAUUUGUCGACUAAGAAUACAUGUUAUUGAGUGUAUUACACUUACUGGAGACAAAGAUGGUAAAGUGGUCCUUAUUCUAUGGAUUUAUAUGAUUCCCAAUAAUGACACUCCCUUUUAG